CAGCAGUCUCGUCGACGUUCACCUGAACGCAGCACGGCAGCACGCAAGCAGCAGAAACGCGUCCUCUCCGCACGAACCUCUGCAGCCAUGGCCAAAAUAGCGACCGCAUACAAGGAGAAGAUGAAGGAGCUCUCCGUCCUCUCGCUCAUCUGCUCCUGCUUCUACCCGGAAGCACGCAACAAGGUCCUGAAUGAGUUUGAAGCAGACAUCGAGGUGAAGCCGAUAAACAAGCGAGCCUCCGGGCAGGCGUUUGAGGUGAUUCUCAAGCCCCUGUCUCCAGUAUCAGAUGUGGUCCACAACCUGGCUUCCCCCCCCAAGAGGGACAUUUCCUUGGAUGACAUCGAGAAGAAACUGGAGGCAGCCGAAGAGCGGCGAAAGUACCAAGAAACUCAGGUGCUGAGGGCUUUGGCCGAAAAGCGAGAGCACGAGAGGGACGUGCUGUUCAAGGCCCUGGAGGAGAACAACAACUUCAGCAAGAUGGCCGAGGAGAAGCUCCAGAUGAAGAUGGAGCAGAUCAAGGAGAACCGAGACGCCCAGCUGGCUGCCAUGCUGGAGCGCCUGCAGGAGAAGGAGAGACACGCGGCGUUGGUGCGCAGAAACAAAGAGAUGAGGGAAGAGCUGACAGCAUGAACGCCGCACAAAAGUCCCGACUUCCAUCAUCCGCCACUCCAUCCAUUCAUCCAUCCAUCCAUCCCUCCAUCCAUCCAUCCAUCCACCCACCCACCCCUUGCCCCUUCCUCGCCCUGCUCCGACCCUCUCCCGAACAACAGACAUGCAAAGCUGGAGGACCUCACCACUACAUCACAACACUCACCCAGUCACUUCAGUAUUAUCAAUGAAGACGAACAUCGAUGUCACUCAUCUUUGAGAGCUGCAAGGAUUUCUUGAUUUUAGAGAGGGAUCUGUCUUCUUUUGUAAAUAUUGCUUUUGUCUAUCUAUCUAUCUAUCUAUCUAUCUAUCUAUCUAUCUAUCUAUCUAUCUAUCUAUCUAUCUAUCUAUCUAUCUAUCUAUCUAUCUAUCUAUCUAUCUAUCUAUCUAUCUAUCUAUCUGUCUAUCUAUCUAUCUAUCUAUCUAUCUAUCUAUCGAUUUCUGUGUACUGCACUGUACAAUGUUUUUUUGUUGUUGUUGUUGGAUGCCACCACUCUUGUGAAUUGUGAGUUGGAUGUAGACUGACGUUUGCAUUGUAUUCCGGAUGAUGAUGAGGAUGAGGAUGUUUUUGUGUCUUUGUGAAGAAUGUGACGGCUCUAAGGUGUACCUGCGGUAAUAGAGUAGACAAAACGAACACAAGUCAGCUGUAUCUUCCUCACGCACGCUUCGAAUGUAUAACAAUACAAAACAUCCCUUUGCAAUGAGCCCGAUGGUUGAUUGGUGCUUUAUUAUGAUUAAGAAUGUCUUUACCCCCCCCCCCCCCCCCAAAAAAAAAGAUGGUAACUGUUUCUAUAUGUGCAGAUUUCCAAGGCCAAAUCCCUUAAAAAACUCAUUCACUGCCAGCCCUCCCAGUUAACAUGGAUAUUUGACUUCAAAAGCCGUCAAUGGCAGUGAAUGAGAUUAAUGAGUCGUUUACCGGAAUGUUCUGACAUUGUGGUACCGUGCAUCACAAGUCCUCUGACCUUGACGUUACUGAUCACGUGACCAAAAGGGAAAACAAAGCGUGUGCUUGCUUGGCUGCGGGAGAAUACGAGCGCAACACGAGGCGUCGUCGGCUUUGGAUCUAGGAUGCGGGAUGCUAUCUUAUACAUUCAGCACAGCGAACUAGAGGAGUCUCUUUUUAAUCUACAGCACUGCUGAUAUCUGCCUGCGUCCUCUGCUGCUUGUGUUUUUCUUCCCCCACGCCUUCAUGAAUUUCUCUGUGAAAGCUUUGCUUAAUAAAGAUUUGGGGUUCUGUGAACAUGGCAUGCAGCAUCUCAUGAGUUUCUGCGCUAAGAGACGAUCGAGAGUGUGUCAACUGCUGAAUAAAACAUCAAAUAUUAA